UCUCUGUUUUUAUUCACGUAACAAGGGGUGCUGUGCUUUUGCUGAAAUCAUCGAUUAAGAAGUCUUCAGAUAUCACAGAAAUAAAAUUUUGCACUUUUUUAUUCGAAAAAAAAACAUCUGCAAAUUACAAGUUAAAAUGCGCUUAUUGUUGGAGAUUAUAAUGCUAUCACUCUUCAUCAGGGGAUUUCAUCUCAGGAAUACUGUGGAAACCACUCGUCUCUUUCAAGGUGAUAUUCCCAGAUUAGAAAGUAUUGAAAAGCGUAAUGCUGUUCCCAAGGAUUCUCAAAGAUGGCCAAAUGGAGUUAUUCCUUACAAGAUACACAAAGGACUUGAUCACUUGAAAAGUGAAAUUCUUAAAGCAAUGAAGUAUAUCAUGGAUAACACUUGCAUAAAGUUCGUGCCGUGGGAUCGCAGUCAGCAGAGCUAUCUUAAUAUCUUCUCCGGCGACGGAUGUUACUCAGCCUGGGGAAGAAUGGGAGGAAUGCAAGAGUUAUCAUUGGGUUCCGGAUGCGAGCAAAUCGCCAUCAUCCUUCAUGAGCUGACUCACGCAAUCGGCUUCGAUCAUGAACAGAAUAGACCAGACAGAGAUGAUUACCUCCACGUCUUUUGGCACAACAUAUUGCCUAGUGCAGUAAACCAGUUCGACAAAUUAAAGCCGGAAGAAAGUCGGUUGUUUAACAAAAUAGACUUUAAUUCCAUUAUGAUGUACGGAGAGAGGGCUUCCUCUAAAGACGGCUAUCACAGGACUUUAAAGGUCAAGAACAGAAGAAUCAGACUUACGGAUCUCAUCAAGAAAACCAAAUUGAGCGAAAGUGACAUUUACCGAAUCAACGCUCUGUAUGAAUGCGAUAAGCAAAGAAGUGACGUAUAAUUUGUUUCACCCGUUUGGUGAUUUACAGAGAGAUAAUUAUGACGUAUUUAUAAAUGGUUAUUCGAUAAAA